GCGCCUGCUAUAGUUCAAAUGAUGCGCACCUCGUAGUUCAAAUAAAGAGCGUCAUUUUAGCUACUGUCAGUUGUGUACUAGAUGGCAUAAUAAUGGUUGUUUGCAAAUUAGAAAAUGAACUUACAGCAACUAUUUCAAGACUUUAAUCCUAGUAAGUUUGUGGUGCACAGUUGUUUAUUAAUAUUUGUAGCGUUUUUCUCAUUACGCUUAGACAAUCAUAUAAAAUGGUCGUAUUGGUGGAUAUUUGCACCAAUUUGGGUAUGGAAGGCUUUAGUAAUUUUAGGGGCCACUGUCGGUAGUUAUGUCUGGUGGCGUUAUCCACACUUUAGACUUGAAGGUGAAGCGUACAUCCAUUACAAAGCAAUGCUCAUAUCUUUGGCUCUGCAUUUAAUUUUGUUAAUGUUUGAACUGCUUGUUUGUGAUAAACUGGAAUCAGGGAGACACUUGUGGAUCUUAGUAUUUAUUCCUCUUAUAUUUAUAUCAAUUGUAAGCAUUGCUGUAUGUAUUUGGGCUGUUAAACAUGAUAGAUCUUUCGAGUUGGAGUUAUUUUGUGCGGUCAACGUUCUGCAAUUUAUAUUCUUAGCACUACGUUUAGAUGAGUUUAUUGGUUGGUCUUGGGAGGUAGUUUUUGUACCUCUUUGGAUUGUAAUGUGUUUGGCUUUAGUGGGGGUUUUGUACACAAUUAUUUUUGCGGGUAUAUUACUUAGAACACCAGAAGUAAACGCUCAACAAAGAAGGUCUAGUUUUCAAACAGCACUGGGUUACACAUUUCUCGUUAUUCCAGUGCUAAUAUUUCAGGUUCUCCUAGCAAAUAAACUAGAUGAGGAUAUUGAAAUAAGUCAUACCUCAGUGGCAAUACCACUCAUGGUGUCGUUUGUGACUCUCAUUUUGAUGUCUUUCAACUCAAAAGGGGGCAACAAAUGGUGGUUUGGAAUGAGAAAAGACUUUUGUUCUUUUAUAUUGAGCGUUUGUCCUCUCUUACAAGAGUACGGAAACAUAGCUUAUCACAGCGAACGCCAUAGAAAUGGGGUGGAACUGGAGCAACAGUCGGAAAAAGGCGGACAUGUUGUUAGAAGGGCCGACUUAUUUAAGCCGGUAUUACCAAUAGUCUCAAUCGAAUUACCUGACUGAUUUUUCAUUAUCAUUUUUUUUUUUAUAUGUUGCAAAUAAUGUAAAGUAGGAAUAGGUCAUUUUUUUAGUCUACAUUUUUUUCUUUCUUUUGUUUAAUAAAAACAGCAGGAAUUGUAUUUUUGUUUUUCGUUUCGACCGAUCGUGCAUCAUCAAUAACGUACUGUUCAACAAACUACUAAUAAGUUUAGCGCUAACUGAUAAACAAAAUUUUGUACAUAACGUGUAGCUGUCGUAGUAGUAAUAGUUUUUUUCUACAAAAGCAGUAUUUUUACCAAUAAAAAACAUGGACGAA